CCUGGCAAGUCCCUCCUCCKCCUCGGCGGUGCKGACCGCCUCUCUCCCUGCCUYCCUCCCCCGGCCGUAGCCUCCUCCGGCGGCAGCGACGGUGCCCGCCGGCCCCAUGGCGGCGGAGCCCCAGCCCAAGGCGCUGACUCGCAAACCCCUCCUGCUCAACAAAGUGGAGGGCUCGCAGGAGGUGGUGAACAUGGCAGCGAUAGUGCCCAAGGAGGACGGGGUCAUCAGCGUCUCGGAAGACAGAACAGUUCGUGUCUGGCUGAAGAGAGACAGUGGGCAGUACUGGCCCAGCAUAUACCAUGCAAUGCCAUCUCCAUGUUCAUGCAUGUCUUUUAACCCGGAAACCAGAAGGCUGUCCAUAGGUCUAGACAAUGGUACAAUCUCAGAAUUCAUUUUAUCUGAAGAUUACAACAAGAUGACACUAGUGAAAAGUUACCAGGCUCAUCAAAGCAGGGUCAUCAUGAUUCUGUUUGUCCUGGAGAUGGAGUGGGUGUUGAGCACCGGACAAGACAAACACUUCACAUGGCACUGUUCGGAGAGUGGCCAGCGGCUGGGGGGGUACCGCACCAGUGCAGGCGCCUGUGGCCUGCAAUUUGAUGUGGAAACCCGGCAUGUGUUUGUUGGUGACCAUUCUGGGCAAGUCACCAUACUCAAACUAGAGCAAGAGUCCUGCAGCCUUGUUACCACAUUUAAAGGACACACAGGUGGUGUCACUGCUCUCUGUUGGGAUCCAAUACAGCGAGUUUUAUUCUCAGGCAGUUCUGAUCAUUCCAUUAUAAUGUGGGAUAUUGGAGGAAGAAAAGGAACAGCCAUCGAGCUGCAAGGACAUAAUGAUAAAGUUCAGUCUCUGUCCUAUGCUCACCACACUCGGCAGCUCAUCUCCUGUGGUGCAGAUGGGGGAAUCGUCGUCUGGAACAUGGAUGUUGAGAGGCAGGAGACCCCAGAGUGGCUGGAUAGUGACUCCUGUCAAAAAUGUGACCAGCCUUUCUUCUGGAACUUCAAGCAAAUGUGGGACAGUAAGAAAAUAGGCCUCAGGCAGCAUCACUGCCGGAAAUGUGGGAAAGCCGUGUGCGGGAAAUGCAGUUCUAAGCGCUCCUCCAUCCCACUGAUGGGGUUCGAGUUUGAAGUGAGGGUCUGUGACAGCUGCCAUGAGUCCAUAACAGAUGAGGAGCGGGCACCUACAGCCACUUUCCAUGACAGUAAGCACAACAUUGUUCACGUACAUUUCGAUGCCACCAGGGGAUGGCUGCUGACCUCAGGCACUGACAAGGUUAUUAAGUUGUGGGAUAUGACACCAGUAGUGUCUUGAUGUUACAUCAGUGGAACUUGAAAGGUGAUAUUUACAGAAGAAGCAGAUUUCCUAACCCUAAUGAUACUGCAGAAGAUAGAUAACACUGGGCGCAUACGGCAGAUGAGAAAGGAACUAAUGUGUUUACAACAACUUUAUGUCCUCUGCUUGAUCCAGGCUGAAUAUUUGCACGGAGACUCUUUCCACUUCUCAAAAUAUACAAGAAGGUAUUUUUUUAACUAACAGUUUGUACGAUCUGACUUUGGUUGUUUUGAGUUUGUUUGGAAAAAUCUGUGUGCAGUGCAAUUUUUAGUUUUUAUAUUUCACUAUGUCAAGAUACUUGCUGCUUUGUACAGAGGUUCUUGGGUUGUGUCUUCCUCUGUGAGUUUUCAGUGUCAACAGACUGUGUAAGGCAAUCGGUCCUCUCUGCAGCCAGUACCUGUUGGUUUGGGAUAUUUCUGCUGAYCAUGAUCUCUCCAGAGGAGGAACUCCAGGCACAGUCUCUGGGUGCAUCAUUGAGGAGCUGAUGGACUAUUGCAAUUCCUAAAAGGGCUCUACCAUCUACUUGUCCUAGUGAGCAUCAUCCAGAGAGCGUUCAUUGGUCUGUAUAGUCAUCCUGCCUCUUCCUUUGCUGCACAAGUCGCAAAACCAGGGGUUACUCAGCAACUGAUUUCUACAGAAAACAGAAACGGUUUUCCAGCUCCGAGCAUUACAAGCAGCACACAGACUUGUUUGAGUUUGAUGAGACYGACAGGCUGAUUCAAAUGAAAUUAUUUGCAACAGGAACUUUUGGGAGUGUGUGCAUGGAGGGAGGCAGUUCUAAAACUGGUCAAGAUCUGAAAAGUCUGGUUUAUCUCUACCUCUACCUCUACCUUGCACAGCAGCAUUUCAGCCUUUGUACCUGUCUGUGUUGUCAAAGAUGAAUUUUGUUUUUCCUGUUUUCCRUAUGGUUAGUCAUAUUUAUUUUUUAAAACAUUGAUGGUUUUUAUUAAAUUCCUUUAUAGACCCAAAAGUGAUAUUCCUGAAUGAUGCCUGUUGUCCUGUUAUCAUACUUUACAGUUUCUCUUAAAAAUAAACAGUAUUUUAAAACCUGGAUUGACCAAAAUUACCUUUUUAGAAUGACAUUGUCGAGCUGAAUAAACAAAAAAAAAGCCCAUUUGUUCAAAGGAACCUUCUCUGAAGAUCCAACACUCCAUUCCAUUAAUCCAUGUUAUUUUUAGGAUGGUAUUACUCAUGCACUUUGAAAAAACUGGUGUAGAGAAUAGAAGUGCAGACCAGACCAAAGGCUUUCCUGUAUCUCCUGUUUCAGCAGGCCUUGUGGUUGUAGCUGCUGUGACUCAGCACAUUAGUGGUGCUCAGUCUCACCUUGUUUUGGACUUUUUCCCUCUGUAUGGGGAGGCCAUGGUGUUUGCCAUUACAGAGCACAAUGCUGGAGAAGCCUUGUGUUCUCUCUUGAGUGAGAAUGCCAGAAGAAAACAAAGCUUCUCCUUUGUUUGCCCAGUAGUAAUGCUUUUUUGAGGCCAAAAGAAAAAAAAAAAAAAAAAAAAAAAAAAAAAAAAAAAAAACGUUAUCACAAUCCAUGGCAUUAAUUCUGGUCCAGUGCUGCAGUAACAGGAGAGUGGACUUUCAUGUGCAUGACACACGACUGCUAUGUAUUUUCAGGAAAAUUCUCUUUUUAAACAUUCUGUAAACUGUGAUGAAGUAUAUUUUGCUGCCAUGUUCUCUUAGGUUUCCUGGUUGUACAGCCUGUUGUUGGUUCCCCUCUAGAYAGCAUAUUUUAAAGUGCAUUUUCAAACAUCAUUCACACAGCACUAUUAUUUUUCCAGCUUGAAAGUUGUUUUCUCAGUCCUCCCACUUACUCUCCUGGAAAUGAGAUGGUUGUUUCCUCUUGGAAUGCUUUUCACUACACCUUGUGCAUGUUUACUGAUGACUGAAAUGUUCUUGGCUGUCAAAGCUAUGCAAGAUGAGCAAGUGGCCUGCCAGUAUUUCAUUCCAGCUGGAGAAUUUGUACCAAGUUUUUCUGGAUUAUGGUGUUCCAUGUUCCCUUGGGCUCAGGGCCCUUUGGCCAAAGACCUGACUUGUGCUGUGCAGGGAGUGCAUUUCAYGGUGACAGAAACAUGGGUCCACCGAAAGUGAAUUUAAAUUGUUGUUUAGUGCUCAGUUCCUGAGGAGUCAGCGCUGGAACCAAGUCUGGGGCUUCAGCAGAAUUGCGCUCACACUGAUGGAGUGGUGGAGUCAGCAAACUGAGGAUCUGCCCCUGGGUCAGCACCUAGUCCUGAGAAUGUAAUGUGCAAACAAAGGUGAAGAACUGAUUUUCAAAAGAGACUAAAUUUGGGAAUGACCUGUGGGCUGUUCUGCAACAAGCUCUUGGCGGAUCCCCCAUUGUCUUUCAAGGAGUCCUGGUUUCAGUGUUGCUUAUGUGUGCAUGUGGGGUAUGUAAAACCAUCUUGCAAAAUUUUCCUGGCUAUUCUUUCUGACUGAACGACCUGCAGAGUUAUCUGGAUUUAAGCUGAACAUCUCCUUAUCUUGCAUUUUCAGGACAAACUGAUCUGGGCUUAGAAAAUUAUAUAAGCUGAAAGUGAAGCUGAGGAGGGAAGGGAAAUUUGUCCCUUUGCAAUGUCCAUAAGAGCUAUAAUGUAGAGAUAUGAAGGGAAAAUAGCUGUCUCUAAUUCAAUAAUUCCUUUACUUUCCAAAUGAAACAUGAAGGUUUGACACUGGGAGAGUUAAAAUGCCUGCCUUCCUCUUCUGUUUUAUUAGAGUAGCUAUCUCAGUUUCUUCUGUCUACUAGAUCCCUACAAAAAGGAAUUCCUCUUGCCUGGCCCUUUUUUUCCCCUUUUUACUUGCUGAAUAACAAAUCUGAGCUAUUUUUAUAAAUUGCAUUAUUGGAGGAUGGGAGGAGGGUGUGUUUUGAUAUAGGUGCAAACAAUGCAGUGCCACAUACACACACACUCAAAUGAAGCCAAGUCCCCUUUCCCUGGGAUUGCUGAAGGGCAGUAACUUUUAGUGAUACCUUGUGGUGUGACAAGGGGCAUACAAACACUGCUGCCUUCCCUCUGCUCUUCACCUCAGAAAAGCAGAUUUUCAUUUCUCCCUGGUGU